GAUUUGCCCAAAAGUAUGGAGUAUAAGAAACUUUUUACUGUAGGACUUGAAGUCCCAGAUGAUCCUACUAUUCUACAGUUUAAAAAAUGGGUCAGAAAAUUCCUAUGGGAAAAUGCAGACAAUGAGAAACUCAUUGGAGUACACUGCACUAAUGGAAUCAAUAGAACAGGUUACCUUAUAUGCAGAUAUCUUAUUGAUGUUGAAGGUUGGGAUCCAGAAACAGCAAUCCAAGCUUUUGGAGAAGCGCGUGGUCACCAUAUGGAUGGUCAUAUAUAUCUGACAGAUCUUAAAACUCACCCAAUGAGAAGCAACCUGGGGAUGAAUAUGUGGGAUGCUGAUGGAGAUGUUGUGCCACCGCCAGAUGAUAUAGACAGACAUAUGGAUCGAUUUCCAAAUGAAGAAUAUGCUAGCAGGCCUGGUAAAAGACUAAGAGUUUAUGAUGAUGGCCCCAAUGACUUACCGGAACAGAUUCGAUUGAGAGAGUUUGAUUUUAUUAAUAAGGGUCCUGGGCAACGUCGGAAACCAUAUCAUGCCCACCAGUUUCAUGAUGACAUGCAGUCACCCCAGCCACAGAUAAGACAAAGGCAUUUCCACGACCACCAGUUUCAUGAUGGCUGCCAAGAAGAAAUGGAGAUUAAAGAUUUAAAAUUUAGUACAAGAGAGCCAGGGCACAGAUUUCAGCCUUUUGAAGACCACCAGCUUGAUGAUGACUUUCCAGGAAAUGUAUCAGGUGGAGACAUUAAUAUGAACCGUAGUCAAAUUCAUAGACAUUUUGCUGACAUUCCUGCUUAUAAUCAUAGGCCGACAGAGAGCCAGCUCAAUGGAGGCCGAGGGGAAAGACAAAGACCAUUUUACAAUCGACAGCCUACUGAUUUUCCGCCACCCUCGCAGGACAAAAACCAGUUGUUCCUGAACAAGAGACCUGUGGAAAGACUAAGGCUGUUUCAGAACUGUCCUGUUCAUGAUUAUAUCCACUCACCAGUGGGAGAUUUUGAGUACGUGACUAGGGGAUGUGGACAAAGAAGGAUACCUUUCCUUGACCAGCAGCCUCACAGUGAAUUACGAAGAAAAUUGUCAUUAGAAGAGUUUGAUGAUGAAGAUUCCAAUAGAAGAAGUAGACCAUUCCUUGAUAAUCAGUCAUACUGUGAUUUUAGUGAGAAGUCACAGCUGGAAGAUUUCCAAAACAGGGAACAAAGGCUGAAUUUUUUUAAUGAUCACUCAGCUCACAUUAAUGAGCCAUAUGAGGACCAUUCUGAAAGAAGCUAUCGUUUUCCUUCUCAUGAGUACUACACAGAAUCUCCCUUACUUCGGAAAGAUUAUGGCUCUGAUAAAGAUAAUUAUAGUAGAACUUGCAGAUCUGAUUGCCCUGACGAUUACAGGAAAAUCCAUCCUUCGGAGGUAAUUAACAGAGGAGGAAAAACUAGAUUUGUUCCGUAUUCUUCUCACCCAACCCUUCACUCUUCAUCUUCACAUCAGGAACUGAGUUCAAUCUCAUUGUGCAGUGGAAGGGAAUAUGAGUGUGAAAUUAAGAGAGAGGUGAGCCAGGGGAAAAGAUUACCGGUUGUAACAAUUGAUUAUAAUUAUGGCUUGCCUUUAGACUAUGCUUCUGAAGAGGAACACAGAGCUCAUUAUUAUUCACAUGCAACAGAGCACUACAUUUUGAAAUAAAUUGGAUGUGUACUUGCAUGCAUUAUUUUAUAAACAACUUCCUGUAUAUUGACAAAAUUACUUCUGAAGUUAAAAAAAAAGCUUCAUUAUCAUUCAACAUUACAAAAAGUAUCUGUAACAAGUCUAGUUCUGUUUUUUUCAUAUUUAAAUGAUAAAUAAUUGGCGAAAACAAGGCCUUUUAUGUAAAAUCAAAGUAGGUUCUCACUCAUGAGAUUGAACAACCAUAACCAUGAAUAACUGCAAAUUGUUCUCCCUGCUUUCCUCAACAUGACAUGUAUGAAAUGUUUCAGCUAAAAUGUAAGAAAACAAUUGAAUUACUGAUUUUAAUAGAACGUUGCUCUAAAAUAAAGCAGGUUUUGAAAGGAAUGGAAAAUAUAUAAAGAUUUAAAAAAUCA